AUGGAGGGUGGAUCGGCGCGCAACGAAGCCGAGAAGGAAGAUCACCUACUACAAACUAGAUCUUCCGACAAUCUGCCUCCGGCCAAUUAUGGCAAGCAGCCGCAAUUAUGUAUGCUAUCCCUACUUUUUACUGAGCGAGUCACAUCCUUUCUCACCGUCAUGCUCAUCCUCAUGAUUUCGGUCCCUCGCUCCAUGGGCGAUAUCGCAAAAAGACAACUUCUCUACGAACGUAUACAAAUGGAGGACCAUCCCAGCUUCGAGAUUUUCUGCACUUACCAGAACCGUAUCGAUGUAGUUCAACGGUCGAUUGAAGUGCUCUUGGCGAUCCCGUUUGGAAUGCUAGCUGACAAAAAGGGUGUCCGGCUCAUCGCUUGUUUGUCCUUGACUGGAUUAAUCUUGGGGGACGUCUAUAUGUAUACGGUGCCUUACUUUGGCAAAGUUUUCCCAUUGAGCUCUGUGUAUGGAGCGACAAUAUUGUCUGCUAUCGGCGGGGGAACCAUAGUUUACAAUGGCUUGGUAAUGGCCAUUAUGGCCAUUGCCACUCCGGGAACGUCCAGAGCGCCCUUCUUCUUUUGGGCUCGGGCCAUCUUUUCCUUAAGCUCAUUCAUAACCAGCUUCGUCAAUGUGCUCACAAUUACCUCCGGUAGCAAUGAGUACACAUUCACAUUCCCGGCCGAUCAAGCGCGAAGUGUUGUCCUCAUAUCUGUAUGUGUUCAAGCUCUAGGGUUUGUGAUACUGUUCUUCAUGCCACUGUAUACCAUGGGCAUAGAAAAUUCCAUGCCAGAAACAGCGACAGCAGCUACAAUAGUCCCAACUCGGCAGGCCUUUCGAAGUGACUUGGCCUCGUCACUCCCCCAAAGAUGUGUUCUUGCUGGGCUUGCCGGUCUGGCCAUCUAUGGCAUGGGACAAAUAGUAUUCUCUCGUGCGACGGUAGCUUUGUUUAAAGCCGCCAUGGAACAACGGAGUGAAAUAGAACGAGUCAGAACCAUGGAACGAGUCAACGACAUAAUUAGCCUCGUCUUAUUCAUUGCGGUUCUUCCGGCGGUAUAUCUGUUUCUACUACGCGAGAAGCGUGACGCAGCGGCGGCCAAUAUUGCGCUCGUACGUGGAUCCACAGCGCUGCUGGCUGUGGGAGCGCUAAGUUUGGGCAUUUCUUCCAUGAAAUGGGCCUUGAAUAGUUCGCUUAGCACCGAGCCUUCGUCUGUGAGGUAUUACUAUUGGAUUUACAAUCUUCUUCAUAUCGUAGCCAGCUACGACGCGCCUCUACGGUCGGUCUUAACGUUUAUCGUCCCUGUCAGCCGAUUCUCCGUGUUAUUCACAUCGAUUGAGGCUACUCGAUUCUUAGCCGCCUCUGGUGGCUGGGAGAUGUUUAAGUAUUUUUCGGUGUUGGGACAUACUGGCCUGCUGUUCCUACCAUUAUUCAUCGUGGGUGCAUUUCAUGCAUUCGCCUGGCUCCUGCAGUGA